AUGAGAAACGCCGUUCCUCACCGUAAAAUUUUCAAAAUAUUACAUCUUAUCUUUCUUUUUGCAGCCGGUUCCAUCUAUCCUGUUUUAAACAACUUUCUUUUAAAGUAUGCUUUCACUUAUAAGUACGGUCUCGAAUUAACUUUCCAAAAUCCAUGGUUUAUCAACACCGCGAUAUCAUUUGGUCUUACAUUGCUUUUAAUUGUAUCCGUUAUCAAGCGAUGCACAUGUCCUGCCUCCAAAAAUGACCAAUCUCCUCGUGGAAUACACCUUUUCCGUAUAGUUGGAAUGCCAUCAGUACUCUUUCUUGUAUCAUCAUCACUCCAGAGUUACGCUUUGAUGUAUAUGGUGACUACAGUCUGGCAAUUAUUCCAUGGCUUUACAAUUUUAUUCACAACCUUGUUUGCAGUUACAUACAGACACCAGAGAUUAUUCUUGGUUGACUGGCUUGGUCUCUUUAUUACUGUCGCUGGAAUCUGUCUUGCAGGCGUUGCAACAAUGAUCAGAGGUAUUGCCGAUAAUAAUACAUCAAUUUACCAACUCUUCAUAUCCUUCUUGCUAGUUAUUGUUUCCCAUGGUUUCAGAUCCUUCCAAACAAUUAAAGAAGAAGAAUUAACUCAUGAUAAACUUGCAGAACCAAUAGAAGUAGCUGCAUACGAAGGAGUAUGGACAUUCUUCUUCAACCUAUGCAUUUGCACCCCUGUAAUCAAUGCAGUUCCACGUUCUUAUGGAGUUGGAAUUUAUGAGAAUUCAAAACUUUGCAUUGAGAGGCUAAAAUACUCAUCACAACUCUGCUUAUUCUUAUUCGGUCUCGUUCUUACAGCAUCGAUCUAUUUCUACUGCGGUAUUGUAAUUACAUCUUAUUCUUCAGCUAUUCACCGUAAUAUGUACGAAAUGGUUCGUCCAUUCUUCGUUUGGGCAUUCUCUGUAAUGACAUACUACUUAGCAAAGAACCAUACUGCAGGAGAAAAAGUUGAUAAAUAUUCAAUCGUCGAAUUAUCAGGAUUCUUCCUCGCAGUCCUUGGAACAUUGAUAUACAACAGAUUUAUCAAACUCCCAUGCUUCAUUUAUAACGAACUCGUUGAUUAUGGAAACGGAGGUGCCGGCGGCAGUGAUGAUUCAGUGACUCGCGACCUUAUUCCAUAA